AGGAACAAUCUAUGUAAUCUGUGCUUUUGUAUAGAAUACUUGAAAAACACAGAAGAAGAAGAAGAAUGGGAGGAGGAGUGAAGGGAAUUGUGUUAGACGCCUCGGCAUUGUUGGCCGCCACCGUCGACGGCGAUGGAAAUGGAUCAUCGGCUUCUCUUCGUCCCGGAGCUGAAUAUCUGCUCCGCAAGCUUCGAUACUCCAAAAUCCCCACUGGAAUAUCUUAUGCAGAAGGCCUUUCCGCACUUGAGGUGAACCUUCUUCAAGAUAAAGCGAAACUAUAUUCCUUUGAUUGUUUCGUCUUGAAGUCUUCAACAACUGAUGACUUAGUGCAAGAAACUUCUCUGGUGUGGGGUGACAAUGAAGGAAGCUUUAUGUACAUCAUUUCUGAUUAUAAAAAGGAGCCCUUUCUCAGCCUCAAUAAUACUAAUUGGGUUACUGUCAUUCUACGAUCUCCUGGACAAGAAUCAGAUAAUGAUGUCAAAUGUGCUACUAGAAGUGAAAUUCCAAGCACAGUUUUCAUUAACAAACUUGAAGAGGUGCCCUUUACCAUCUGCCUUUUUAAUAAAAAGGCAAUAGGAAAGGAAGUUUUGGUAGUUGGUUAUUUGAUGAAGCCUUCCCGUGAAGAAGAUUUUGCCAAGAGAGGUGCAUUCCCCUUGAAACCUACACAGAAUGGGUUAAUUUUCGUGCCCCUUAAUUAUGAGCUCCCCAUAUCAUCUCAGAUAGAAAACAUUGAUGGAGUUCUUCAUAAAGCAACUGAUGAGAUUAUAGCAGCAGAAAUGAGCAGUUCAUCUGAUUUUGCAAAUAGAGUAGUGUUCACAAAGGGCAUGCAAGAAUUGCAAAGGUGUACUGAAUGCCAUCCUAACUGCAGUGUGAUUGAUCCAUUUAAUAACAUCCACUCAAUUAUGGAUCGGCUGAAAAUCCAGCAACUUCUUCUUGGCUUGGAAAACCUUAAUUCAGAAGGCCACCCUAAAAUCAGGGGUCCCCAUUUUCUCAAGCUCAAUAGCUUUGGUGAGUCCCAAUUGGAAAAGAGAUUAGCAGAUGCUAAGCUGUGCCUUCCAACUAUUGUUAAACCGCAGGUUGCUUGUGGUGUAGCAGAUGCUCACAGUAUGGCCAUUGUCUUUAAAGUUGAUGACUUCAAAGACCUCAAUGUUCCUCUUCCAGCUGUUGUGCAGGAAUAUGUGGAUCAUUCAUCUACUUUGUAUAAAUUCUAUGUCUUGGGGAAGAAGGUUUUCUAUGCAGUUAAGAAGUCUACACCUAAUGCAGACACCUUGAUGAAAUUAUGCGACAGAAAUGGGUUCAAGCCAUUGCUGUUUGACAGCUUAAAAUCUCUGCCGAUUGAUAAAGAGAAUGCACAUUCUGGAGAUACAAGUGAUAAGGGCAUUGAUCUUCAACUUGUGACUGAUGCCGCAAAUUGGCUCAAGAGAACAUUAGACCUCACCAUCUUAGGCUUCGACGUUGUGAUCCAGGAAGGCACCGGUGACCAUGUCGUUGUGGAUGUAAACUACCUGCCAUCAUUCAAAGAAGUUCCCGAUGACAUCGCCAUACCUGCAUUUUGGGAAGCAAUAAGGGAUAAGCUAGAUCUGAACUCAACUUCAGCUUCAUAGUUUUCAAGCACACAUUUUGUUUCUCUGAAACCUAGCUGGCUAAAUAUCUAAUAAUUGCAAAAUACGCCAUUUUGUUGUAAUACGGGCAUGAUUUCUAUGUUUGUCUGCUGUCAUUUUGUUGUACAAUCUCAACUCUACUCUGUAAAACAUGUAUGAAACUUGUUCAAGACUGUUGUUUCAUUUA